UUGUCGACCUCUGUCAAUAUUAGCGCCAUCGCAACUGCAGGGUGUGGGCGAAUCUGCGCCCCGCCACCGGAGCCAAAAAGCAGCACCCUGAAUUUCUCGUCGUUCAAAUCGAGCUUCACUUCCAAUGUUAAUUUCCUGAAGAGAAGAUUCAGCUCGGGAGACUUGUCUUCCGAGGUAGACGAUGUCGAUCCCAACAGCCUACCGCCGGCGGCUCGUCCCAUCCAGGACCAACCGACGAAGCCGCCAGCGACCAGCGGUGGUCCGCCGAAUAUGCCACCGCCUCCGGCACCGGGUCAACCCUCGGGAGCCGCUCCGGAACUCUCGCUGAGCUUUGGAGCUGGCAAGGCACCGACCACGGCAGCACCUGCUCCGCCCCGAGGAGUGAGUGCCCCGACCAGUCCGGCCAAGUCGCGUGAAUCCCUGCUGCAGAGGGUUCAAAGCUUGACCGGUGCUGCCCGGGAUCAGGGAGCCUCGAUAUUGGGAGCUGCGGUCCAGAGUGCCACACAGCGGGCUCCGACCUUCAACAAAGACAAGUACUUCACGCUGCUGGUUCUCGAUGACCAGAACACGGACUGGUCCAAGUACUUCCGCGGCAGGCGACUCCACGGUGACUUCGACAUCCGAGUGGAGCAAGCUGAGUUCAGGGAUAUCACUGUGGUCUCCAGUGCGGACACCGGACCGGUUGUCACCAUGGCUGCCUAUCGCAGUGGCACUCGGGUGGCGCGCUCUUUCCGGCCGGACUUCGUGUUGAUUCGUCAGCCGCCGCGUGACGGAUCCAGCGACUUCCGGUCCACGAUCCUGGGCCUGAAGUACGGCGGAGUGCCCAGCAUCAAUUCGCUGCACUCGAUCUACCAGUUCCAGGACAAACCCUGGGUGUUCUCGCACUUGUUGCAGUUGCAACGGCGCCUGGGACGCGACGGCUUCCCUUUGAUCGAACAGACAUUCUUCCCCAAUCCACGCGAUUUGUUCCAGUUCACAAAGUUCCCCAGCGUGCUGAAGGCUGGACAUUGCCAUGGCGGUGUGGCCACCGCCCGGCUGGAGAACCAGAGCGCCCUCCAAGAUGCCGCUGGAUUGGUGAGCGGUGCCGGCAACGAUUCGCAUUGUUAUUGCACCAUUGAGCCCUACAUCGAUGCCAAGUUCAGCGUGCAUAUCCAGAAGAUUGGCAACAACUACAAGGCAUUUAUGCGUAAAUCGAUCACCGGCAAUUGGAAGACCAAUCAAGGCUCAGCCAUGUUGGAGCAAAUCACCUUAACCGAGAAGUACAAAAGCUGGGUGGAUGAGAUAUCCGAGCUCUUUGGCGGCAUGGAGGUGUGUGGUCUCUCCGUUGUGGUGGCCAAGGAUGGACGCGAGUACAUCAUCAGUGCCUGCGAUAGCACUUUUGCCCUGAUCGGAGACACCCAAGAGGAGGAUCGUCGGCAGAUUGCAGAUCUGGUAUCAGGUCGCAUGCAGAACGUCUGCCGACCCAGCAUGGCCCAGACUGGACCCGGCAAGCUGCCCUCCCGCUCCUCGGUCUCCUCGCGUGCCGAGAGUCCCACGGAUGAGGGCAUGGCACCCACUCCGCCGCUACCGGCUGGCCCACGACCGGCGCCCAUGGGUGGACCUCCACCAAUUCCGGAGCGCACCUCGCCGGCCGUGGGUUCGAUUGGGCGGUUGAGCAGCCGCAGCAGCAUCUCGGAGCUGCCGGAGGAGCCCUCGUCUUCGACAGGAACAGGUCCCAGCACUGUGGGUGGAGUGCGUCGCGAUUCGCAAACUUCGCAGGCCUCCAGCAUCUCCUCGGUUUCUCGGGCUCCGGGCCAGAGGCCAGCGCCGGCACAGAGCCAGAGCUCCGUGGUGGAGGAUGCCGAGGAUACCAUGAAGAACCUGAGGAAGACCUUUGCGGGGAUAUUCGGGGACAUGUAGGAAAUCGCUAAUAAGAAGCGCGGCAGAACGGCCAGCGAGACGAGUAGCGGCAGCGGGCCGGGCAGUGUGCCCAGCAGUGCCGGACCGGGAAGCAGUGGAGGUGGAUUCAGUGGCUCCUUCCUGGGCAAGCAGUUCUCGUUCGCCAGCGGUGGCGGCAGCAGCAGCGGCAGUGGAGCGGUGAUCUCCACCCAGCCCACACAGGAGCCACCAGCUGCUCCGCCGGCCAUUAACAGCAGCAGCAGCGUUUCGGAUAGCGGUACAAAAACUACGGAUACGAAUACGGAAACAGAUAGAGCCGGAGCCGGUUAUCAGCCGGUGACCAAUUUUGAGCCACAGGAAAGGGUCAAUCCAUUUGACAAGGAGCCGCACAAGUCGGCCAGUGGAGCCAGCAUCAACACAGCUUCCUCCUCAUCCUCGAUGUCGUCAUCCUCCAUCUCGCCACGCAUCAAUCGGAAUGGCAAUGCCAUCAAAUCACCGCCACCGCCGGCGGGUCCACCACCGCCACCACCCAGCCAUGUCAGCCAUGUGAGCAAUGCCAACAGUUCCAGUGGCUAUCGGAAUAGCUUCAGCAGUUCCCUGAGCAAGGAUAAGACCAGCUAUGGUAAUUACGGCAGCAGCACCUCGGUGGAGACCAUCACACGCAUGGAUACGAAUACCACAAACACGGGAGCCACGGCCACAGAGGCUGGAGAGGCCAGCGGCAUUACGGCCAUCACAAAUAUUAGCAAUAGUGCAGGAGCAGGGACCAUAGCUCCUGUUACAGGUACCAUUACCACCUCGGUCACAACCAAUGACUGGAGAACGGCCAUUGGCAUGCGCUCGGCCAGCGUGUACAGUGCUCCGGCAGCAGUGACCACCACUGGGUUACCCGGAGACACCUCCGGCUAUGACUCCAACUCGAUUGCCUCGCAGGAUGGUGGUUUAAACAAUCCCAGCGAUUUGCCCUCAUACACACGGCCCUCGUACUCACGAUCCGAGAGCAAUGCUUCCAAACAGUCAGAUCUGGACCUGAUUUUCGGCGAUAGCAAGACCACGCCAGCCUCUUAUGGAAAUGGCAAAUACACACGGGCAGCGGGAUCCAUCUCAGAUGCAGACAUGAUCUUUGGUGGACCACCCUCCAACUAUAAGACCGAUCGCUUUGGGGCAGCCAAGAGCAUGAGCAUGAGUUCCAGCGGAGUAGGUUCCGGCAAUGGAUCCGGAGCAGGGGGAUAUAAGAUCUACGAUGGUAUUCAGAAUGCGGCAUUCAGUGACUUUAGCGAUUCCGGCAGUGUGAGCAGCAUUGGAUCGCAUACCAAGCGCUGGAGUGCCAAUAGGGAGGAUGACGAUGAAUUGGAUUUGAAGUGAAGAAGUGAAGAGUAGAGGAACCAUCACCAAAAGCAGAGAUGUCCAAGCCGGGAAGAAGUCAUUCCAAGUUUGGACAUAACUGACCACAGUCACUCACAAGACAUAACGACACACACUAUAUACCACAAGCAAACUAUGGAAAUCUAUCUAUUUUCUGCCUCUGAAGUUUCCUGGUUUCAUGGGAAUGAACACUAAGCAUCCACACACUCGCUCAUGAUUUAGUUACUAUCGUUUUCUAUCCCCUCAUAAGCCAUAAGGAUAUUCACCAUCAUCAGCAGUUAAUGCUAUGUAGACACUGUAGAACACUACUAAUCUAUAAAUAUAACCACCAAAGCAACACAAUAAUGCAAAGCCCAUUAGAUAAUGUCGCCGAUGACUUGACUGGUUUUGCAGCAUGAUAUAUAGAAGAUGGGAAGUUGGAAGGAUGAGGAACCUAUUUAAUUACACAUACUUGAAAGCAUUUUGAAAGAUUUUCCAACAAAAAAAAAAAUAAAAAC